AUGAAGCCCGGCAGCGCGGCCGGAGCGCCCAAGGGCGGCCAGAGGCCGCUCCUCUCCCUCCUCUUCCUCCGCCAGCUGCUGCUGCAGCUGCUGCAGCUCCCAGGCUCCUGCGUCCGGGCCACAGGGCAGCCCCACAUUGUCUUUGUGCUCGCAGACGACCUGGGCUGGAACGACGUGGGCUACCACGGCUCCAGUAUCUUCACCCCGCACCUGGACGCGCUAGCGGCCGGCGGGGUGCGGCUGGAAAACUACUACACCCAGCCCCUGUGCACGCCGUCCCGGAGCCAGCUGCUGACCGGCCGCUACCAGAUUCAUACAGGUUUACAGCAUCAAAUAAUCUGGCCCUGUCAACCUAGCUGCAUACCCCUUGAUGAAAAGCUGCUGCCCGAACUUCUCCAGGAGGCUGGAUAUGUCACCCAUAUGGUUGGAAAGUGGCACCUGGGCAUGUUCCGAAAAGAGUGUCUUCCAACACGCAGAGGAUUCGAUACAUUCUUUGGGUAUCUCCUAGGUAGUGAAGAUUACUACUCCCAUGAACGCUGUGUGCACAUUGAUGCCCUGAAUGUCACCCGAUGUGCUCUUGAUUUUAGAGAUGGAGAAGACGUUGCAGAAGGAUACAAAAAUAUAUAUUCAACAAAUAUAUUUGCGCAAAGAGCUAUAGACCUUAUUGCCAGCCAUCCGGCUCAAAAGCCUCUGUUUCUCUACCUUGCCCUGCAGUCUGUCCACGAGCCCCUUCAGGUCCCUGAGGAAUAUCUGCAGCUAUACGACUUUAUCCAAGACAAGAAGAGGCGUCUUUAUGCAGGAAUGGUGACCCUUAUGGAUGAAGCUGUGGGAAAUGUCACCAGAGCCCUAAACAAGUAUGGGCUGUGGAAUAAUACAGUGUUCAUCUUCUCCACAGACAAUGGUGGACAGACUUUGGCCGGGGGCAACAACUGGCCGCUCAGAGGAAGAAAAUGGUCACUGUGGGAAGGUGGAAUUCGAGGAGUAGGCUUCGUAGCCAGCCCCUUACUGAAACAGAAAGGAGUGCAAAACUGGGAACUCAUCCAUAUUUCUGACUGGCUUCCUACUCUAGUCAACCUUGCUGGCGGACAUACAAAUGGCACGAAACCACUAGAUGGCUUUGAUGUGUGGAAGACUAUCAGUGAAGGAAGCCCUUCUCCCCGGAUGGAGCUGCUGCAUAACAUUGACCCAGGCUUUGUAGACAUAUCUCCAUGUCCAGGAAACACUAGGCCUGCCUCCAAAGGUGAUUCCUUUCCUACAACACAUUCCACUUUCAAUGUUUCUAUCCAUGCAGCAAUUCGAUAUGGAAACUGGAAACUACUGACUGGCUACCCAGGCUGUGGUCACUGGUUUCCACCACCAUCUUUAUACAGAAUCAGAAAGCAACCGUCACGUGACCCACCAAGCAAAAACCUCUGGCUUUUUGAUAUCCAACGAGACCCUGAAGAAAGAUAUGACCUAGCCAGCAAACACCCCGGUAUCGUUAAGAAGCUUCUGGCCCGGCUCCAAUAUUACCAUAAGACCUCUGUACCGGUGUUCUACCCCGAUCAGGAUCCCCGCUGCGAUCCCAAAGCAACUGGAGUUUGGGGACCGUGGAUGUAGGAUGUUAAUUGGCCCUCAGACCAGAAGACUGCCCCUCAG